AUGGAAUCCAUCGAGAUGUUCCAUGGUUCUAGAGUGGCAUCACUCAGAAGAUGUUCAUGUAGGAAUUGGAGAAUUUUCAUCCAGUCAGUGAUAGUUUUGUGACGAUACAGUUGCAUUUUCCCGAUACUCACACGUAUUUGCGAGAGAUUAAAGGCCUCCCUGCAACUGUACAAGAUCAAGAUGAAGAACUACAAUGAAGACAGUCAUCCAAUAGAGAGCCACAGGAGACACAGUGGCUACAGUCAGUCCAGGAUCCUGGAAAUUGAAAGAGCUGAAAGGGCUGAGUUUCUUGAACUCCUUCACCGAGUAGAGAGACUGUAUAACUCACGGAGUCGCCAAAUUGAUGAGAUCAGGAAGAGAAUGGGAUUUUCCGUCCACCAGGAUACCCUUACCUCACCUCAGACUACAGCUUCUCCAAUUUUAAAGGAUGACAAAAGGGUUCGGACGUUCAGGACCAACCAGACGAUGGUAGAAGAGGAGCCUUUCUCCAAGAAGAGGCUGGGUCUGGGCAGUAAGAUGGCAGGGUGGAACGCUGCAAACAGGAGGAACCCACGUACACACGCUUCCCUCAGCUCUGUGGACAUGCCCACUCCCACUGAGCUGAGGGCCAUUUCAAAAGUCAGCCUUUUCACCCCCAGUCCUCCUUCUUCCCCUCCUCCCAGAGCAACCAGGAGACCGUCUUGUCUCCCGGUGAUAACUACAAAAUUUGGUGGCGCAGUCAAGGAGGUGGCUGAUGGGUGCAAGCUCCAAUCGUCACAGACGACACUAGAGGGAUUCAUGGAGACACUAGAAAAAGGUGAGUUUCGCCACCAUCCUUCACCCGAACCACCAACAGCACCCAGUAGGAUCCCAAAGUUGGCACCCAGGUUUACAGCACGUCCAUCAAAAGCUGUCCCGCCCAACAACACAAUACCUCACCGUGGGACCCCGGCGAUGGCACCCAAGGUUCCAGCGCCUCCAUUAGAAGCUGCCCCGGCACACAGAAAAGGACCUCGCCGUGGGUUCCCGGCAGUAGCACCCAAGGUUCCAGCACCUCCAUCAGAAGCUGCCCCACCCAACAGAAGCGGACUUCGUUGUGGGACACCGACGGUGGCGCCCAGAGUGCCAGCACCACCUUUGGACCCCCCCCCUGCCCACAGAAAAGGACCACGCCGCGGGACCCUGGUGGUGGCACCCAAAUUUCCAGCACCUCCAUCAGAAGCUGCCCAGCCCAACAGAAAAGGACCUCACCAUGGGACAAAAUGUCACCCAAAUGAAGACCUCUAG